CUCGACUGCCGUCAUGUCCACCCACUCCGAGUCGACUCAGCCAGCGAGUGCGACAGGGACCACGACGAGGACGACCACAGAGUCGUACGAGUCAUAUGAGCCGUCGGAUUCUGACCUGUCGCGGCAGGAGAUGCGGGAGCAUUUGUCGCGCAUCGCAAUCAACGAUGUUGCAACGCAGGCGGUGGAGAUCCGAAGGCUCAAGAUGUCGGCGUCCAAGUGGAUCUCGCUCAUUCUGCUUGCUAUCCGGUUCUUGCUCAACGUCUCGGCGGUUAUCUCCAACUUUUACGACCAGGUGUUCCGGAACAAGGGCACUGAGUCUGGGGCGCAGUCGAGCUCUGUCUCGCUCUCACGGACGAUUUCUGUGUACGCCGAGCUGGGGAUCAUGAGUGCGCUGUUUGUGGCGUUUAUUGUUCUUGUCGUCGAUCUGGUGUACUCGCUGUUCAAGGUUGCGGACCAGGCGGCGGAGAGCGAGUCGGAAGACGCGCGGUUUGAGGCGCUGGGCGGCGUCGAGGUGGUGGCCGGCAAGGUUGUGCAGGAGAAGGCGGACUUUAAGGAUCGCGCAGGGUCUGCCGCCAAGAACCUGGUGACGACGACGUCGCUUAUUGCCUCGAUGUCGCUGCUGCAGUUUAUGCCGUCGUUGCAAAAGCUCAAGGAUCUGCCGCGGCAGGCACGGGCUGUCUCUCGGUACGUGGCCAAGAAGCUGCGGCGUGGUGAGCCAAACCCGCUGGUGCGGCGGCGGCGAUGGACAGAGCUCUCAACGGUGGAGGCGACGGUGCUCUUCAUGCUCUUUGGCUUUCUGCAGGCGAUCCUGUUUAUCAUUGCGCUUGCGGCGCUGUUUGUCAAGCUCUCGCAGUUGCAGUUUACCGUCGAGCGCGAGGUCAUCGACUGGUCGUUCUCGCAGAUUCUGGCGUACGCCGGUUUCCUCAACAACGUGGCGUCGAUCGUCAACGUCCCGCACGAGCGGCUCAUCGGCGUCCUCCGCGUGGUCUUUGCCGGCGCCGACGGCCGGCUCGACAACAUCGAGUGGAACUCGCUUGAGACUUUCCGCUCGUUCUUUGCUUACCGGGUCAUUAUGACCCACAACCUGUGGUACGGCUUUAUGCUUCUCACUCAGCUCUCGGCCCGCGACCUGCAGACCGUCCUCAUCGCCGAGCGUGAGACCGAGGUUGUGGACGAGUCCAAGGUCGAGGAACUGAACGCAUUCGAGGCCGGCCAACGGAUCAACGUCUUUAGCUCGGUGGCGUCGCAGCACCGUCAUGGCAGCAGUCGCCGUCGCGGUAGCGGCUCGAACAAGGCCAGGAAGACGAGGAAAAGAAAAAGAAGCGGGCGUUUUGGCGCCGCACCUCGUCUUCGGAUGAGUACGACUCGGACGAGUCGAUGGACGAGUCGACAACCCGAUACGACGUCGAGUCCGACGGCGACGAGUCCGGCUCGAGUGACAUCGGGUCGAGCCAGGAAACGUCGACGAAGAAGAAGAAGAAGAAGAAGAAGUCGACCAAGCAAGACAUCUUUGGAUGGUAAUCAACAAAUGCAAGCCAAGGCCGUGGCUGUGAGGGAUGGUCUGUCGGCCAGUGCCUCCUCCCCCUUUAGAGCCAGGACUGCAGCAGAGGAUCCCUAGCAGACGUGCCCUUGAUCAUCGCAUUGCAUCUCGUCAUGUCUAUUCGUAGAAACGAGAAAAACAAAGAUCGUGCCGCUGCCA